GCUAGGACCCAGCGGCCGCACUGACGCAGCAUCUGCGCUUUCAUCAGCUGCUGGUGUGUGGAGACCAGCGCCGGCAGUGGCAGCGGGGCCGAGUCCGUGUCCCGGCAGCGAGUCCGAGUCCGGACACUGGCAGCGGGGCCGAGUACCGUAUUUCCUUGUCGGCUACAACACAGUUGAGCCGGCCGCCGGGUCUGGGCCAGAAUAGUAGACAGACAGCGGACACCGGAGUUGGGCUGAGCACCGGAGACCGCGCUCCGGCAUGAGACCGGCUCUGAGCCCGGUGGCGCCCCCAGGCCCAAUUCCUCGGGGCGUCAACAAACGGCAGCAGCGGACCUCACACCCCAGCAGCGGCAGGAUGAGUGGGGAAGGGGGCAGUACUAAACCCCUGAAGGUGGGCUCCCGAGUGGAGGUAAUCGGCAAAGGGCAUCGCGGCACAGUGGCUUACGUGGGUGCCACCAUGUUUGCCUCCGGGAAGUGGGUCGGAGUGAUCCUGGACGACGCCAAGGGCAAAAACGAUGGCACUGUGCAGGGCAAGCGCUACUUCACAUGUGAGGACAACCGGGGCAUCUUUGUACGGCAGUCACAGAUCCAGGUUGUGGAGGAUGACACCACCUCACCUGACACUCCCCAGGAGCCAUCUGCUUCCAAGGUUCCCAAGCGAGAGAUUGCUGAGACACCUAAGAGCACAAAACUGCGUGGAGCAAAGCCGAAAAAGACUCCGGCCGCGAGAAAGCAACCCGUUCGACGCACUAAGCCUACACGCAAUGCAAGCUCGGCGGCCUCCAGUGUGGGCACGGCCUCAUCUGCCACCCCGUCACCGUCAGCCGGAGAGAUGAGCAGCAGCGAUCCAGGAACACCGGCACAGACCCCGCUGGCUGCCCCCGUCAUGCCCACGCCUGCCGGUCUGGUGUCCCCCGUUGCUCCCCCGCUGCUCUCUCCCAAGGAGGAAGAGGGUCUCCGGGCGCAGGUCAGAGACCUGGAGGAGAAGCUGGAGACACUGCGGAUGAAACGGAACGAGGACCGGGCCAAGCUGAAGGAAUUGGAGAAGAGCCGUAUCCAACUGGAACAGCUGCAGGAGUGGAAGCACAAGAUGCAGGAACAGCAGGCUGAGCUGCAGCGGCAGCUCAAGGAGGCUAAGAAGGUCGACACCCACCCAGGGCACAGGGGAGGGAGAGGGGCUGUGUGUGACGAGUGGACAGUGCAUACGAAAGACACCAGGCAGUAGUCAUUAAGGCACAUUAGCUUGUUUUUCUGAGGUACCAUGAAAAUAAUAGAGGACUUGAACAUUUCCUGAAUUGCCUUCCUCAAUUUUCCUUGUUACCUCUCAUACAUUCCUCCUAAACUGCCCUCCCAAUUCACUUGUUACCUCCAAUUAAUUCCUCCUAAACUGCCCUCUCAAUUAAUUCGUUAC